GUCAAGUAAUACUUAUAUAGUACCACCCUGUCCGAGGCUCUACGCCAGACCAUCCACUCGUUGCAUUAAAUCGCAACCGUCGUUAACUGCUGAACCUUCAGUGCGAGCUGUACCAACCUGUCCGAGACAUUACGAGUGUAGCUGAGUAGUGCCAAGAAAAAAAAGACAUGUCACGGGUUAAGAAGAUCGCCGACAAGGCAGGAUUUGACGCUGAGCUGAAAGCUGCUGGUAACAAACUGGUUGUGGUCGAUUUCUCAGCUGAGUGGUGUGGACCAUGUAAAAUGAUUGGGCCAAAGUUCAAGGAAAUGUCAGAAACAUUCCAGAACGUGGUCUUCCUAAACAUUGACGUUGAUGAGAACUCGGAAACAGCACAGUCGUGUGGUGUUAAAUCUAUGCCAACUUUUCAAUUCUACAAGAACGGGACAAAGAUUGAUGAAUUUUCUGGAGCAAGUGAAGCGAAGUUACGCGAGACCUUGAAGAAACUGAUGUGAAAGUGAUAGCAAUUAGCAGCGAUGGGUUCAGAGGGCUUUAUGGUGGCUUUACAGUGCAGACAAGACAUAUCAAUAAUGUUGUACCCUACACCCUAUCCCAAAAUGAGACAGCACGUUGAUUGAUUAUGUAAUGAAUAUGUAACACAGUUAUUGAAUGCGUAAUCAAUAAAUUACGAAAUACUGAAGUUAAACUUU